CAGCUCAAACCCUCAGUUGCCUCCGCUCCCAAAGUCCCUGCACAGCUACUCCUGGAGAGGAUUCCAGCCGGGCAAGCAGCAACGGGCCUGCCGAAGUAGUGGACCCCGAGGGCCACCAUGUCGAAGGGUCUGCGGUGACCGCGAGGCCAGACUUGUGAACCCGGCCAUGGGUCUGCGGGGCUCCCCCUACGCCAGCCGCUUCCUGAGGGGCUUGGACGCCGUGGCCAAUGAACUCCUGUACCCCAGCUACUGGCUGCUGAGCCAGAUCCUGGCCCUGCAGCGGACCACAGCGGAGAAGCAGGAGCCACGGAGCCGGACGCCCCACGCCCUGGCGGUCCUGGCCAAGGGGCCCCUCCUCCUGCUGCUCUUCCUCCUCUCCGUCCCCUUGUCCCUCCUGGCCCUCCUGCUGUGGCUGCCCGUCCAGGCGGCACGCCGCCCUUUCGCCUACCUGCACACGCCCAGCCGGGCCUCGCCGGAGGAGUGGGUGCUUCCCGGCCAGGGCAGGGCCUUCCGCUUCGUCACCGCCAACAUCUGCCUCCUGCCGGACGGCCUGGCCAAGUUCAGCAACCUGGCACGGACCCAGUGGCGCGCCAUGCAGAUCGCCCAGGCGCUCGUGCAGGCCGCGAGGCGCGCCAUCCCGACCCACGAGGACGGGGCCAGAAGCGGUGCCUGCCGUGUCUCCAGGGGGCGGAAGUACGGGGCAACGGAAUCCAGCCCGCCCCGGGCGUGUGAGAACUUUCCUGCUGCAACGGAUGGCGAGGGGGUCACCGCCGAGGGCCCCCGUCAGGAAGGAAAGGCCGCUUUGCCUUGGGAGAUCACGGCCUCCUUCCCCCCGGACGUGGACUUCCUGUGCCUGCAGGAAGUGUUUGACCAGGAGGCAGCCAAGCGCCUCCUGCGCCUCCUUGGCCCCUGCUUCGAGCACAUUGUCUAUGACGUGGGCACCUACGGAUUGCUGGGCUGCUCGGCCCUGAAGCUGCUGAACAGCGGGCUCCUCCUGGCCAGCCGCUACCCCGUGCGGGCCGUCCAGUACCACUGCUACCCCAACGCCACGGGGGAGGACGCCUUCUCCGCGAAAGGACUGCUUUGCGUGCAGGUGCAGCUAGGAGCAUCCCAAGGGCAAAGGAUUGUGGGAUACUUGAACAGCACCCACCUGCACGCCCCAGAAACUGACGGUCCAGUCCGGUGCGACCAGCUGACCAUGGCCGUCCGUUGGGCCCUGCAGUUCCAGGAGACACACGCUCAGCCCGGGGACCUCGUGGCCUUUGACAUCUUCUGCGGGGAUCUCAACUUUGACAACUGCUCCCCAGAUGACAAGAUGGAGCAGGCCCACGAGCUCUUCAGCCUGUACACAGAUCCGUGCCGCAUCGGGCCGGGGCGGGACAAGCCGUGGGCUCUCGGAACGCUGAUGAACCCCCUGACCAUGUACGAUGAGGCUGUGGCGACCCCAGAGACCAUGAAGAGGACUCUGGAGCAUUCAGAGGGACGGCAGAAGUACCUGGCGGGCCCCCUCCAGACGACCCCGUGCUCCGGCCUGUCAGCCAUCCCGAGCGAGGGCCGGCGCAUCGACUACAUCCUUUACCGGGAGCACCAGGGACCCGCAGAGCUGAAAACGGUUGUGGAACGGGUCUCUUUCAUCACCCACCUGGCCACCUGCUCUGACCACAUGCCCGUGGGGCUGCAGCUCCGGGUGGCCCCGGCGGCACAGCCCGAAGCGUGACCUCUGCCUGCUACCACGGAGCCGGGAAGGCGAAGACGAGGAAGACCAAGAGGCCCCUUUGAACCCUGCAGCCGCUGAAGGGCUGGGCACGGCACCCGCUUUCCUCCAGCACUUGGACAGCGUGGCGGUUGGCGCUCCCCCCCCUGCCCCUCUGGCGGACAGGAAGGGAGAGGGUGCCAGCCAGGAGCAAAAAGAGGAACGGCAGCUUCUGUAGCAGCAGCCCCGUUGCGGUUCAGUCACUGCCGGGGGCCGGGUGACAGCACCUAGGCCCCCACCUCAGGGCGGCCCUUCCGGAGAGCUCCCGGCUAGUCAGGCGAGUGGGCCCGGCCCGGCCGCUGCAGCCUGCAGUGUUCAGAGCGUGAGUUUACCAGUCCCUGCUUCUGCCUGCAGACAGAUGGGCUUUUCUGCUGCUCUCUUGGCGAAGAAGUGGGCCGUGUGACCGGAGCCCUGCUCAAUCCCUCUCUCAGGGUGGCCCAAACAGGAGUGAGCGAAGAGGUGGUCGCUGGGGGGUGGGGUGGACGGGAAUGGGACACAGAGCAGAGGGGAAAGUGCCGUUGCAAGGGUCCACCCUCACCCCCAAAGCCCCCCCAUCCCCUGCCAAUGUACCACCCGUGGAGGAGGGAGGCGCCCUUCCCUACGCCUCCUCAAUAUUUUCUUAUCUAUUUGCAAUUUUGAUUUUGUAACGAUUAUGCCAGCAUUUCCAUGCACCAUAGAAAAUAGUCCAGAAUUUGUGAUGCAGGACAAAAAAAAAUGAACACGCUGUUUGCACAUUUCAGGAAAGUUCUUUACGUUUCCAAAAUACUUGUGAAAGACGAGCCGAAAAUAAAUUCUUCUCAGUGAGCCAAAAGGGCCUCUCGUCCCAUCUCCCAGGCUUCACUCUGUGUGUGUCCCCCCCCACCCUGCCCCUGGGAAUCAGUGGGGCUUCAGGGCCCUCAGCCAUGGCUGGCUGGCUGGUGUGCCCCUCUCACCCCGUCCAAGUGACCUGCCCUCGGAGGCUCCAGAAGCAACACUUGAUGUUUAAAAAAUCAGCCAGGCCAUCAGCUGUGCCGGUGGUUAAAUCCACACCCUGAAUUGC